CACAUGGUUACCGCCACCCUCCCAGUAGAAGUCAUCUAUGGCGGCUUCCUAUCACUAUCCUUACUCCUAGCUUGUCUCAUGCGCCGUUUGCCAGGCCGUACGGAACGACAGGCAUUCGGCUGCGUUAUCGGUAUCAUAACUCUCGUGAUAAUUGUGCACAACUUAACUUUGCUUGUCUUCCUCCUUACUUCAAUGAUAGUAUUGGCGAUAACCCCUAAGGACUGGCUACCUCUAGGGUUACUGGUCUAUUCGUUCACUUUCUUAUACCCUACCCGAGCAUUUCAUACGGUGGAUGGUGUGUCCAAUGCAUGCCUUCUUAUUAUGUCUCUGCGUAACUCUAUGUUUGGCCGUGACCAAUUCCAAACCUUCCAAGGUUCUAUCCGAGACUAUUACGACUACAUCUCCUACAUGGUAUUCUUCCCUGGUCUGCUCACUGGACCGGUGUAUAAUGUGAAGGAUUGGAUUCAAGCCUUGGAGGAUGAUAAUCAUGACAUAGACCUUUCUGAGAUUAAAAAUCGUCUAUAUCGGGCAAUAGUAUGGGCGGUUAUAUUCAUCACGUGCGCUGAAUACUUCCCGAUUGAAUUCAUGCUCACCGAUGACUUUGCCGUAUACCCACUGGUGUUACGUUGCAUUUACAUCACAUUGUCGACCUACUACUUCUUCGGGGGGAGAUGUUUUGCUGGUUGGUAUGUCGCUGAGGCUGGCCUAGCUGCUAUCGGGCUUAGGGCUCGGAAUACAGACUUUUGGGCACCGGAAAAGGCCAAUACCGUAUCUCAGUAUAUACGGGAAUGGAAUAAAUCAGCAUACGCUUUCUAUUGUGGCUUGCAUGGGGAACCUCUCGAAGGCUGGUGA